GAAGACGCCAGAGGGAUGAUGCUUGGACGCAGCCUGCUGGCUAGCUAUACAACCAUUGUCAUCCCCCUCCAGGAGGCAGCAGAUAACUCCCCCAACCCCCUCGGAACACCGGCGUUCAGUGUCAGUCUGUUCGGGCAUCUCUGCUGUACGGACUCGAUCACGAUGAUGAACUUAGUGACGGCCGUUCUACUUCUCGUCUCGUACGCCUCCGGCACCAAGUUGACGAAGGAGCAGCUCGUGUCCAAAGUCUUUCCGAAUAGGAUAUCGAUGGACAUCGACAUGAACCCUUGCAAAGCCGGAGGCUUUCUUGGAGAUAUAGCAUUACACGACGGACGUUACGAUUCAGAGGUCGAGGAGAUGAGGAGAAAGAGCUAUCUUGACGAUAUGGAAAGGAUGAAGAAGGAAGUGCUCCACGAAGGUCUCCAGGUUGAGGAAGAAGGUAUGUCGCCGUUGCAGAGGAAGCCAGGAAGGAAAAACACCGGCAUUCCUAAAAGAAGGCACAGGAGACGAAGGCGGAUCCGUACAAAAGCGAAUUUUCGUCUACCCGGGAGCAGGAGGCUGACUGGGGAGAGUGGCGAAAUAAUCAACGCUUUCACGAUAAAGGACAAAGCGUUGAGGAGGAUCGCCAGGGCGGCGACUGCCCGGAAGGAAAGGGUGUGGGAGCACGGUGUCAUCCCGUACGAAAUCGACGGGAACUUCUCAGGCAUGCACAAAACACUGUUCAAACAGGCGAUGAGGCAUUGGGAGAACUUCACGUGCGUCAAGUUUGUCGAAAGGGUACCAGACGAGCAUUCAAAUUUCAUCGUAUUCACCGAAAGAGCCUGCGGAUGUUGUUCUUUCGUCGGCAGAAGGGGGAACGGCCCUCAGGCGAUAUCGAUCGGUAAAAAUUGCGAUAAAUUUGGAAUUGUCGUCCACGAGCUGGGCCACGUCGUAGGCUUCUGGCACGAGCACACGAGGCCCGACAGAGACAAUCAUGUACUAAUUGUAAGGGAUAACAUUAUGUCAGGUCAAGAGUACAACUUCAACAAACUGACUGAGGAAGAAGUCAACUCUUUAGGUCUUGCUUAUGACUAUGAUUCUAUAAUGCACUACGCGAGAAAUACAUUUUCCAAGGGAACGUAUCUUGAUACGAUACAGCCGACGGAAUACGGCAGAGGGAAAAGGAAGCCCGAAAUAGGCCAAAGGGUCCGCCUCAGCGAGGGAGACAUCGCACAGACAAAUCUCCUUUACAAAUGUCCAAAAUGUGGCAGGACGCAUCAGGAAAAUUCAGCGACCAUCGUAUCGCCUUCGCACGUCAAGGUGCCAGCUCCACCUCCAGAAGGGGAGAAGUGCGAAUGGAGGAUCACGGCAACUCACGGAGAGAGGAUUGUCCUUAACAUAACUCAUUUGGAUAUCUACAAGAGCGUCGAUUGUCGUUACAAUUAUCUGGAGAUAAGGGACGGAUACUGGCAUAAAUCUGCUCUCCUUGGCAGGUUUUGUGGUAGUGAAAAGUUGACGGAUCUGGUCGUGAGCACUGGGGCGAGAAUGCUUCUUACAUACGCUGUGAACUCUAAGCAGUCAGGUCACCGAGGCUUUACUGCACAUUACGAAGCUGUUUGUGGUGGAGAGAUUGAUGUUGAUGAGGGCGGCCACCUUGAAUCGCCCAACUACCCCGAAGACUACCAGCACAACAAGGAAUGCAUUUGGAAAUUGACUGCUCCCGAGGACUUCCAGGUCGCUGUCAAAUUCCAAAGUUUCGAGGUUGAAAAGCACGACAACUGCGUCUACGACUAUGUAGAAGUACGGGAUGGACACGAAGCAGACUCGCCUCUCAUUGGAAAAUACUGCGGGUAUAAACUUCCACCCGAUGUACACUCAACUGGAAACAAACUGUCGAUCAAAUUCGUCUCAGAUGGUUCUGUGCAGAAACCAGGAUUUGCAGCAGCAUAUAUGAAAGAACUAGAUGAAUGCAGUUUGUUUGAACACGGUUGUGAACAGCAGUGUAUCAACACGCUCGGUGGAUACGAGUGUGCUUGUAAAAUUGGCUUUGAACUUCAUUCCGAUGGGAAACACUGCGAAGAUGCUUGUGGUGGGAUUAUGGAUGGGCCAAAUGGGGUCAUAACAAGCCCAUCUUUUCCUGACCUGUAUCCACCCGAUAAGCAUUGCGUCUGGGAAGUGAUCGCACCUCCUCAAUACAGGAUAACGUUGAAUUUCACACAUUUCGAUCUUGAAGGCAACAAUGUCUACCAGCAAGAGUGUGAAUAUGACAGUGUUGAAAUACUUUCUAAAAUGAGUUCAGAAAUUAUUCACAAUCAUGGAGUGUUUUGUGGUGGAAAAUUCCCAUCUUUAGUUACGUCUGAGAGCAACAUACUUCAUCUUGAAUUUAAAUCAGAUUCUUCAAUUCAAAAAUCAGGCUUCGCCGCACGUUUUUUUACUGAUAUGGAUGAAUGUGCGUUGAAUAAUGGAGGCUGUCAACAUGAAUGCAGGAAUACCGUAGGGUCGUAUAGUUGCUGGUGCCAUAAUGGGUUCACUCUUCAUGACAACGGUCACGAUUGCAAAGAGGGCGGAUGUAAAUACGACGUGAGAUCACCGACUGGCGUCGUAUCAUCUCCAAACUACCCAGACUAUUAUCCUAGUAGGAAAGAUUGCGUCUGGCAUUUCACAACUACUCCCGGUCAUAGGAUAAAACUCAUAUUUUCUGAAUUUGAAUUGGAGCCUCAUCAGGAAUGUGCAUAUGAUCAUAUUGCUGUUUACGAUGGUGAUUCGCCAGAUGCAUUUACACUUGGGAGAUUUUGCGGUUCAAAAGCUCCACAUCCAAUAAUCGCAAGUUCGAAUCAAAUGUUUAUGAUAUUUAAGACAGAUGCUAGUGUUCAGAGGAAAGGAUUCCUUGCAUCUCACUCAACCGCCUGCGGUGGUCAUUUAAAAGCAACGAGUCGAGUAAAACAUGUUUAUUCUCAUUCAAAAUAUGGUGACCACAACUAUGAAAACCGGGCUGACUGUGACUGGUCAAUUGAAGCCGAGCCUGGUCAACUUGUCCAGUUGGUUUUCCUCACUUUUGAAAUCGAGGAUGAACAAGACUGUGCGUAUGAUUACGUCGAAGUCUUCUCAGGGCUUGACGAAAGCAACUUAAUUGGAAAAUAUUGCGGUAAUAAUAAUCCCACUGAUAUUAUAUCAGUGAAUGAAGCUCUUUUAGUUCGGUUUAGAACUGACGAUACAAUUGUUAGCAAGGGUUUUUCGGCAUCUUAUGUCGCUGUUGAUCACUUUUCGUUGGAAAAGAUGGACACAAAGGCAGAAAAUGAAGAUAAGUGACAUUUGUGAUUAUCAUGUUAACGUGAGAAUAAUUGCAUUCUCAUCCUUUUCUUGUCAUUCUUCAAAUGCCAAAUUGAUAUAAAAAAACAAAAAACAAAAAAAAAAUCACCAAAAAAAGAAAAAAUUAACAACCAAUUGUUAAAUAAUUAUAUCAUUGUAUGAACUUAUAAAAUGUGUUUGAAAAUAAUCUGUGCCAAAUUAAUAGUUACAUUUUUUUUUAAUGAUCUCAUCAUGUUGAACAUAUCGUUAAAAAAUGUUCUGUUGUAAAUGCGAAACGUAGACUUAAUUAUUUUUAUUACUUUUAUUAAAUUUUGGUACAAAGGGCAUCGAUGGGUACUAGAAAUCACUAUUUUUAGUUUUGUUCCAUUAAUUGUAAUUAAAGUCUACACAAUUAAAGUGUGAUUGGUCUAAAACCACAAUUACUAUUAAAAAAAAGCAUUUUAUUUAUUGUAUGUGCAGAAUAGAUGUCUGAAUUUUAUUUUGUAAGUUAAUCAGGACUGGUUUGUGUUGUAUAAAAAUACUAACGUGUUUGUAAUUUGUGUGUGUAGACAAUAAUAUCUUCUUUUUCGUGUUCUUUGAAUAAUUUUUUUCAUAUUGUUAUUCAAAUAAUUGUAAACUAGUGUUAUAAUGUGGUACUACUUUAUUAGAUGAUUGUAUGAAUUUUUUU